AUGCGAAGCAGCUUUAAAAGCUUGUUUAUGACUUGUUCAGGAGAUUUACUACAAGGACAUCAAGUCCCUUCCUUGAAUCAGUUAAAUUACUCAGGCAUUAUUAUUUAUGUCAAUGAAGAGAAUAUUACCAAGUAUGAAAAGAAUAUUUUAAAAUAUUUCAAAACUGAUAUCAUUGGGUUUGAUACGGAAUACGUCAUUGAUGUGAGUAAAAAACUUUCGAACAAUUUUCAAAGGGGAAAACACUUUUUGCUAAAUAAUAAUUUACGUAAUAGUAAGGGAAUUCUAGGUGGUACAAAGGUACUACUUAGUAGUGAUAAUAUAUUAAAUAAAAGAACAAAAGAGCGAACAAGUAAUUCAUUUUUUGAAAAUUAUAGGGAAAAAAGUUUGAAUGAUAGAAGAUCUAGUAUAUCCUCCGUGCUGAGUGAUAUCUUGGGACAAAAAACGAACGUUAAGGGGGGUAGAAGCGGCAAAAGGUGUAGCGGUGAUGGUGGUAAUGGCAGAGGCAGUAUUAAAAAUGAUAGUAAGAUCGCUGCAGCACCAAGUGCGGGCGCAGAGGGUAAAAGGCUAUGCCUAAUUCAACUAAGCUCGAAGGAUGUGUGCUUUGUUUUUAAUAUUAAUAAGUUAAACGGAAGAAUACCGACAUCCGUUAAAGAUAUUUUGGAAAACAACAAAAUUAUAAAGGUAUGUCAUGAUAUUAAAAACGAUAAAGAUAUGUUUCUAUCGUGCAAUAUUGAAAUAAAAAAUGUGUUCGAUUUAUAUAACUAUUCUAUAGAGAAUUUUAUAUACCCCCCAUCUUUGCAAUCUUUAGUAAAAAUAUACUUAAAAAAAUACCUGAACAAAUAUUUCAGAUUGUCCAAUUGGUUAAGUGGUCAUCUAAAGGAAGAACAAAUACUCUAUGCUGCCAUUGAUGCAUAUGCUUCUAGAGAAAUAUAUUUGAUUUUAAAAGGGAAAAAUAAAAUUGCCAAGUCCAAUUUUUUCAAUUUAAGUCUAGUAAAUGAUGUACCAUCAGAGAAAAGGGACGAAACAUUCGUUCAGGAACAGGGAAGGGAACAAGAAAAAUAUUCUGCCUUAGAAAAGUGCAAAGGAAAAGGAAUAAACCCGUGUUCGAAGCAAAACCAACUAUAUUAUGCUCAUCAGAAAUGUCAAAAUACCACAAGCGUGGCAGGUAUGCCAAGUGUACCUAAUGCAGGAUUAUCUAAGGACUGUAUUAAUACACAUGCUGAAAGAAAAAGACAAAACAAAAUUUCAAACCCAAAUGAAAGUAAUAACAAGCUAAAUAAUAAUACCUAUGAAAAAGGGGAAAAAAAAGAGGCACAUAAACGUUAUGAAUAUGUAGAAAGGAAUAAACUAUACAUAAUUAAUAAUUUAAAAAAUCAAAUAAAUGCUAAAUGUUCUCAAAUGGGCAAUAUAUCUUUUUUGGAAGAAAUGUGUUUUUCAAACAGCACAUAUAAAAAGCGUCUUUUAAUAAAACACAUGGAAAAGGAUGAUUGUUUAAUAAAACUCUACUCCUUCAGUUAUGAAGACGAAAUCGCAUGCUGCAGGGAAAUUCUGAGAUCCAUUGAAAGCGGCAUAUUGUACUGGUAG